AUGAGCAGAUCUGGGAAAUCAUUGACAAAGUACAAAAUUGUUUUUUUGGGAGAACAAGGUGUUGGAAAAACAUCUCUGAUCACUAGGUUUAUGUAUGAUACGUUCGACGAUCAUUAUCAAGCUACGAUCGGUAUAGAUUUUCUUUCCAAGACUAUGUAUUUAGAUGAUAAGACAAUUAGAUUACAGUUAUGGGAUACGGCGGGUCAGGAAAGAUUUAGAUCAUUAAUACCCUCAUAUAUCAGAGAUUCGAGAGUUGCUAUUAUCGUUUACGACAUUACAAAGAGAAAAUCAUUUGAAUAUAUCGAUAAAUGGAUAGAAGAUGUUAAAAAUGAAAGAGGAGAGGAAAAUGUCAUAUUGUGUAUUGUUGGUAAUAAAAGUGAUCUAUCAGAUGAAAGACAAAUCUCAACCGAAGAAGGAGAGAAAAAAGCAAAAUUAUUGGGUGCUAAAAUUUUCAUGGAGACCUCUACAAAGGCAGGCUAUAACGUUAAAACUUUAUUUAAAAAGAUUGCCAAAUCGUUACCUGAAUUUCAAAACAGUGAGUCAACUCCUUUGGAUGGUGAAAACGCAAACAGCGGAAACCAAAGUAAACCGGGCGUCAUUGAUAUUUCCACAACAGAGGAGCAGGAACAAAGCGCUUGCCAGUGUUAA